GAGGCCAACGAGCAUAAGAGUAGGCCCUUCAGGACUGCAGUGAACCUGAAGACUCCCUAAAUUCCCCGCCAGGAUGAUGUGUGGGGCGCCUUCCACCACGCAGCCCGUCACGGUGGAGAUGCAGGAGCUCAUGGGUGCGGUGAGGGCCCAGCUUGAAGAGAAGGAAAACCAGAAGUACUCAGUUUUCAAGGCCAUGUCCUUCAGGAGCCAGCCGGUGGCUGGGAUCAACUACUUCAUCAAGGUGGACACUGGGGAUGAGAACUUCUUGCAUUUGUGGGUGUUCAAGAGCCUCCCACAUGAGAACAAGCCCUUGAUGCUGGCCGCCUACCAGACCAACAAGUCCAGGCAUGACGAGCUGGCCUACUCCUAGCCCCUUGUCCUGGGC